CGUAAUGACGCAGGGGGCGCCGCGCGGUGUGUCCCGGGAAGCGGAGUCCGCGGCCCCGCGGGGUCAUUUGCAUCUUAUUUGCAUACAGCGCGCGCCGCGCCCCGGCCGCGCGAUCGUGUCUCGUUAGACAGGGCCCCCGGUCCGCCGGCAGGGCCCCGGGGCCGCCCGCAGCUCAUUUGCACCCCUGUGCACGCAGCCCCCACGGUCGUCUGCGUGCUCCCGGGGGGAGAGCUCGGGGGACACGGGGAGACCGAGGAGCCGGCGGCGCCCGCAGCGCAUCCCGGCGGCGGGGCUGACGUCGGAGGUGCGGGCGGUGACGUCACGGCGGCGGGGGAUGAGUCACGGUGCCGUGAUGCAGCCCCGGGCACGCAGCGGCCGCCCCGGGGACAGCGGCAGCGGCUGCAGCUGCAGCGGGGACAGCGGCAGGCGGCCGCCCCCCUUUUCCGCCUCCUGCUCUCCUGGGGGGGCCCGGGGCGGCCGUGCCCCCCCCACCUCCGCGCGGGAGGAACGACGGCGCUGGGCGCUCUGCUGCGCUGCUUCCCCUGCGAGCGGCUCUGCGGGGGCUGCGCCGUGCCCCCCGUGCCCCCGCGCCCCCCCGGGGCCCUGCCGCCCGCCGCGCCGCCCCCCCGCCGCCGCCUGCCCCCCCGCACGUUCCGCAGUUACCUGCCGCGCUGCCACCGCACCUACAGCUGCGUGCACUGCCGGGCGCACCUGGCCCGGCACGACGAGCUCAUCUCCAAGGUGACCCCUGUGGUGCCCCGUGGAGGUGACCAUCUUCCCCUCGGUGUCCCCAGGGUGUCCUUCCAGGGCAGCCAUGGCCGUGCCUACCUGUUCAACUCGGUGGUGAACGUGGGCUGCGGCCCGGCGGAGCAGCGGCUGCUGCUGACGGGGCUGCACUCGGUGUCCGACAUCUUCUGCCAGAGCUGCAAGACCACCCUGGGCUGGAAAUACGAACAGGCGUUCGAGAGCAGCCAGAAGUACAAGGAGGGGAAGUUCAUCAUCGAGAUGUCGCACAUGGUGAAGGAGAACGGCUGGGACUGAAGGGCACAGCGGGGACACCCCCGGCAGCACCGCCCCGGGGUGCCGGCAGUGGGCCCCCCCCCGCUCACCUGCGCGGGGCCCCCCUGGGGUGCGGUGCCCGUCACCAGCAUGCGGGGGCUGCGGUGGUUUUCUAGGGCAAUAAAGGCUUUUUUUUAGGAA